ACGUAGUGCUAUGAAAUAGUUAUAAGUUUGCAAUCGGUGUGAAAAGUUGCUUUUAAAUAUUAUGGGUGAACAUCAGCUGAUAAUUUCCACUACACACGGCCUUGUGCGCGGUCAACUACGUGAAACAGUUUAUGGUGAUAAAUUUUAUUGUUUCGACGGUAUACCUUAUGCCAAGCCUCCGUUGGGGGAAUUGCGCUUUAAAUCGCCGCAGCCAGCGGAGCACUGGGUCGGAGUGCGGGACUGUACUGAGGUUGCGCCCAAAUGUAUACAAUACAAUCGCUACACAGAUCGUGUUGAGGGUUCCGAAGAUUGUCUGUUCUUAAAUAUUUAUGCAAAAAAGCUUGAGACUGAAAACCCUUUACCAGUUAUGGUAUACAUACAUGGUGGUGGCUUCGCAACUGGCACUGCCUCUCGUCGUAAUUGGGGCCCGGAUUAUUUUAUGAUGAAAGAUGUGAUAUUAGUAACUAUAGGUUACCGAUUAGGACCUCUUGGGUUUCUGAAAUUUUCCGAUCCUAAUCUUCAGGUACCAGGAAAUGCUGGACUGAAAGAUAUCGUAAUGGCGUUAAAAUGGCUAAAACAAAACUAUGUGAACUUCAAUGGCGAUCCCAAUAAUGUUACGCUCUUUGGUCACAGCGCUGGAAGUUGUGCCACGCAUGUGCUUAUAUCUACACCACAUUGUGAGGGUCUCUUUCAUAAAGCUAUAUUAUUGUCCGGCUUGAUAAUGCAUACAGAAGAAUUACCCAAUCUACGAUUUCGUUACGCGAAACAUCUUGGUUAUGAGGGCGUGGAUGAUGAUGAGCAAAUUUUUAAUUAUUUGAAUUCCUUAGAAGCGGAAAAGCUUUGUGAUUUAAAGUUUUUAACACAGGAAGAAAAGUAUCAAGGUUUCUCGUAUAUUUUUUAUCCUUCAUUGGAGAGCACCAAUUCUCCCGAUGCAAUAAUUACGAAAGAUCCCUUCGAUACAUUCGCUGAAAUUGAUAAUUGGUCUCAUGAAACGCCACUAAUGUUAGGAUGUACCUCUUUUGAGUCCCUGCUGCGCUAUAAUUUCUUCACAACCGAUCCCGUGAUAUACGAUAAAUUCAAAAUACAUCCAGAAUAUUUACUUUCUAGCGAAAUACUACUUAAAUGUGAUUUAGAGACAAAACAAAAAUUAGCGAAUAAACUGAUCAAACUACAUUUAGGCGAAAGAGAAUUGCAAAUGGAAGAUGCACUUGAUAUUAUACAUUUGGUCUCAUACGAUACCUUUUACCAUCCUACCCAUCGGUAUUUAAACACCAGACUCAAACGUGCGAAGGUACCCACCUAUCUUUACCGUUUCGAUUUUGAUUCGCCUGACUUUAACUUAUAUCGCAUUAAACAAUGUGGACGUGGGGUGCGCGGCGUAGCCCAUGUGGACGAUCUCUCCUACAUUUUCUAUAUGCCGGAAUCAUACAAGUUACCGCGUGAUUCCGAGGAGUUUCACACCAUCGAACUCAUGAUGGAUUUAUUUAUUGCGUUCGCUACCAAAUCCAAUCCCAAUGUUGAUUGCAUAAAGCCAACUGUUUGGGAACCGCUGGCAGCAAAUGGUGUACGAAAAUGUUUGAAUAUUAGUAAUGAAAUUAGUUUUAUUGAUUGGCCUGAGCUGGAAAAAUGCAAGGAAUUGGACAAGUAUUUUGAAGAAGCGGGCCUUAGAAUAGUUUGAAAAGGAUUAUGUUACAUAUACUCGUAUGUAAAUUUGAACAGUUUUUAGAUUAUCGUAUUAUUUCCACAUGAAAUACAACUUAAUUUAUUAAUCAA